UAUGAUAUUUUAGAAGACUUGAAGUAGGUACUUUAAUUUCAGUUUAAAAUUUGUUUCUGCUAAAUACUAAGCCACUGAUACCAGCUAAUUUUAUUGUGAUCAUUUAAGCUGUGAGCCACUGUAUGUGUCAGACCAGGUUUGUCAUUAAAAUACUGGAAUCUGUUUGAGGACCGCUACUGGUUUUUAGAACAAAUAAAGAACGUUUGCAUAAAACUGGCGUUGGAAAAUCCAAGACAUAAUAUACUACUGGGCACUUAUAAUAUACGUCGCCAAUAAGCGCUUAUUAAUAUUCUUUAAACCACUGAAUAUUUUCAGUUCUUAAAAAAAUAGUUUUUAUUAUGUUUGUGCUUUUGAUUUUUCUAGCUGGUAUUAUUUGCUCCAAGGGCAUCAACGAAGUGUGCUUUCUUCAAGGCCUACGAGGCGUUUGUCAACCGCUAAGGGUCUGUUACCAGGCAUUAGAUUUGUUUACAGACGAUAUCGGCAACUUUUGUCAAUUUGAUGAGUCCGAAGAUCACAUCUGUUGUCCCGAUAAAUUUAGAAGACCCACACGAAAACCUCCAAGCCCUAAGCCUCAAUAUGUAAAGGGACGACCCAAACGACCACAUAAUCAAGAACUGCCUCCUUUUAGAGUACCUGAACAAGAUCCAGAUAAACCUAGUUAUAAGACGAGAAAGCCAUAUCGGAUUCCUAUUAACGCUAACGUAAACCGUAAAAAACGUACUAUCGUAAACCGAGAGUAGUAGUCGUAUUUCUGCUUAUAAUAAUAAAUUACUACCUAUGUAAUAUAUUUAUUGGGAAUAAAAAACAA